AUGGAGACAAGUCCAGCGGCCAAGGAGCGAAACGAACUGUUCCAAAAGUUGAAGCCAUGCUGCGUUCAAGUGAGCCAGCUGGCGAUCCGGGAGGCGGGAGACCCAAAGUCGCAUCGACAAGUGCUGCAGCUGGUCGACCAAAUCCUCGACAUCUUGAACCAGCAAAUCUCUACCAACCCGCUCGCCCUGGACGAGAAGCUUGCUGAAUAUGUUUUCUUCCCUCUCCAUCACAUCUUUCGCCAGCUGGAACGAUACCCUAUGACCGUAGUGGAAGACUGCGUCAAGUGCCUGACGAUUCUCAUUGUCCACGGGUGGAAGACCAAGAUAUCCGCCCAGCUGGUGCAGCAGAUAUUCAGCUUCCUCAUCUUCAUCAUCGAUGGUGUUCCGGGAUCGCCCAAGAGGGACAUUCCCGAAGAGACGGUGCUCGAGGCUUUCCGGGCCGAAACUGCGCUUCUCACUACAGCGGGCUCGUCCCCUGUGGCGGCAGCAGGGCUCUCCGAGCCCGAAUCGAUACCAGCCCUUGGCCAUGGAAUUACCGUCAUGCUAGACGCAGUAGCCGAAG